GGACUUCGAAUAUUGGACCGCCCAGUUUAAGCGCGUUCAAAAUAUUUCAUAAAAAAUCAAUCUAUCCAUUAUGAGCAUGAUGAGACUUGAAUAAAUGGUCGUUGAAACUUUUAGUGUAUCCUGAUCAGCAUAUAAACAAUACAAAUUUCACAGUGAUACUGACGGAUUAUUGUGAAUGAUGUACAUUUUCAUCCAUGACAGCCAUACUGACGUUUUCAAUGAUUUUCGUGUUCAUAUUAUGCUUUCAUCUAACAUGUUUGGAUUCCGGUUUGUUUUAGAUAUCGUUGUGGCUAAACUCUCCGUCUCCGUUAAGGAGUGGGAUGAACUGAUUACAAAGAAUGAUGUAAGGGACUCCCUAGACGUUUUGGAUAGAUACUGUGCAAAUGUUGUGAAUGUGGUGAAGGAAUUGGAUCCAAAACUGAGUUCCGUUACUCUGUCAUGUGAUAUCCAUCAAUCACAAAAGCCAAAGAAUAAUGAUGCCAAAACCAUCGAUGUUCAACUUGCCGUGUUAACGAGUGAAAUGGAAAAAGUAUAUUCAUCAAACACGUGGUUUUCAUCGUUAAAGAAUGCACUUGAAUCGGGUACUGUGAAUGUGAAUAGCAAAUGGAUAACUAAAACCUAUCUGUUCGAAAGCAAUUAUGGAACGCACGUAGUUGCUGAUAGGUGCGCUGAUCUGAAGAACAUUAUGUCGAGCAGAUACCUCGGGUUUGGAGAAUCAAUGGAGAACUGUGUCUUCGAGAUGCCUGGAGGAAAUAUAAGAAUAAGUAUGAAAUACCGAGAACUAAUGAAGAAAGGAUAUUGCUGUUUGGAAUAUAACAUAUACAGAAGAAUAUACUGGUCUAUUGACGAAUUAUUGCAAUCGAAAGAAUACGAUGACGAGUGACAAAUCACCCGUUUUCUAACCUCAUCAACACUACUAUCAUCAUCAGAUAAGAAUAACAGUAUUGUACACUGAAAUAUACUAAUCCGAUUUAAUCUGUGGUGAACUUAACAGUAUUCUUGAAUAACAUUUUCUAAUUCUAACACAAUACAUAAUAUAUGGUAAUUAAAG